GCUUAAGGACCUUGUAAAAGAGUAUUUUUUACCUUUUAAGACCUCGACUGACUUGAGUCUCGUGGUUCUUUUAAGAAGGGACUUCUCCCUGACAUGAGUGUGCUGAGGAAGGUGGGGCUGAAGAGGUUUGUCAGAGGAGAGCCACAGGAAACAUGCUAGACACACUAGAGGAGGAUUGCUAUGAGUCACCUGCCCUCAACAUGGAUAUCGGAGGACUGACCACAGUGGUAGCGAACUCCGCUUACAUCAAUGCCCGUGGAAGCAUCGACGGCUCCAAUGCAGCUGCAGCUCGGGACAAGAAGUACCACUCUCGCCUCAAGCUGCCCCACAUCACAGUGUGCGAGGGCCUGAGGGAUACCCUGGAUCUGACCUUUGACACUGUCUGUGUGCAACAACCUAUCGGCAAACGCCUCUUUAGGGAAUUCUUGGAUGCAAACACAGAUUAUCACGGGUCUUGCCGUUUGUGGAAAGACAUCGAGGGGUAUGACCUGGCGGAGGAUUCUGACAGGGAGAAGAAGGCCUCCAAGAUUGUCCAGCGUUACAUGGACCCCUCUGCCAAACACUACUGCCCGUUCCUGUCUGAGGACAUCAUAGCCAAGGUGAAGGAGAACCAGGCGGCUGCAGGCGAUGAUUUGUUCACCGCAGCCUUGGCCACGACAUUGGACUAUCUGCGCGAGGCCCCCUACACUUUCUUCCUGGAGAGCUUGUAUCUGAAGAGGUACCUGCAGUGGAAGUGGCUUGAGAUGCAGCCCAUGGACGCAGACUGGUUCCUGGACUUCCGUGUGCUGGGGAAAGGUGGGUUCGGGGAGGUGUCUGCCUGUCAGAUGAAAGCAACGGGAAAACUGUACGCCUGUAAGAAACUCAACAAGAAGAGGCUGAAGAAGAGGAAAGGCUAUGAGGGGGCGAUGGUGGAGAAGAGGAUUCUCGAGAAGGUUCACAGUCGCUUCAUUGUGUCGUUAGCGUACGCCUUCCAGACAAAGGAGGAACUUUGCCUGGUCAUGACCAUCAUGAACGGAGGAGACCUCAAGUACCACAUCUACCUGGUGGAUGAGAACAAACCGGGGUUUGAUGAGCCCAGAGCCUGUUUCUACAUCGCUCAGAUCAUCCAGGGCAUGGAGCACCUCCACCAGAAAAGAAUCAUCUACAGAGAUCUUAAACCAGAGAACGUACUGCUAGACAAUGAUGGAAACGUGCGUAUAUCUGACCUUGGUCUCGCUGUGGAGCUCAAAGAAGGCAAAACACUGACCAAAGGAUAUGCUGGGACCCCAGGAUACAUGGCUCCAGAGAUGCUGAAAGGAGAGAAGUAUGACACAUCGGUCGACUACUUCACUCUGGGAGUGACACUGUUUGAGUUUAUUGCUGCCAAGAAUCCAUUCAGAAACAGAGGGGAAAAAGUCGAUCGCGAGGAGAUGAAAGAGCGCAUGCUGACACGGGAGGUGGAAUAUUCAGAGUUGUUCAGUGAGCACGCAAAGUCGCUCUGUGCGGGGCUGCUGGCCAAAGAGGUUUCUCAGAGGAUGGGUUUUAAGAACGACUGCUGUGAUGAGAUCAGAGCGCACCCAUUUUUCAAUGACAUCAACUGGAGGAAACUGAAUGCAGGUAUUCUGCCUCCUCCUUUUGUUCCCGACCCUAAAGUGGUGUACGCUAAAAGUCUAGACGACGUUGGGGCUUUCUCCUCAGUGAAGGGAGUGACCUUGGAAGAUCCAGACAAGACCUUUUUCGAUGAGUUUUCCUCGGGCAACAUCCCCAUCCCCUGGCAAGAGGAGAUGAUCGAAAUGGGCAUUUAUGGAGAACUCAACGUUUGGGGACCUGAGGGCAGCAUCCCGAACGACCUCCGCAGGGAGUCCAUUCUAGAGCAGCCAAAGUCAUCAACCUGCUGCUUAUCGUAGAGCCGCUGAAACACCUUUGAAGAUAUAUCAACCACACAGAGCACAGACUUGUGCUGCACGAGGACUCAAAUGCUCAGGACAGACACAAGUCUCUUCUGAACUUUCUGAUCGCAGAGUUAAAUCAGUUUGAGACUCUAAACUUUCAUCGGUUAACACAAGAAGCAACCAGAAAAGACUGCAGGUGGACUUUCAAUCUGGAAUGAACUUAAACAUAGGUUUAGGUUUUAAAAAAAAGAAAUUUACUGACAUUAUAUCUUCUGUUUCAUUCUCUUUAUCUCCUCUUUCUCUGUCCCUUUUUCAAUCCUACUCUCUUCUCUUUGUGCGUCCAUGUUUUAAAUGAUUGUAUUGCUUUUAGAUUUAAAAUGCAUUUUAAAUAACACAUUUUUAAGCAUUUACAUAGGUGCUGAGUGACAGUCACAUGUUGAACAUGUAGAAUAUUGAUUUCCCUCUUUCGCAUAUGUGCAUACCAUGUAAUGGAAAGUGCUUCUUUCUUAAUGAGUUUACUGUCCCUUAGUUUUUACUAUAAACAGCUAAAUGACCCACUGCUGUUGGGAUACUGAAAGCUGCAACACCAGAAACACAAAGGUUUUUAUGCUUUUGGAAAACAUUUUCUCAUGUCUUUAUUUAAUGGUUCGUAAUCGACUCUUUGCACAAAUAGCCAAGAGCAGAGCACCUUUGAUGAAAGCUCAUGUAGUCUAGAUGUUAUGAGACAAAUCUGAAUAUAGGGAGAUGUUUACAGCAAACUGAUUUACUUUAAAAUACAAAUUGUUAAGCAGACAUUGACUAAAGUCAGAGAUAUCAUCUGUAUAAAAGAAUGUUGGCAAAUAAAAUAGCUUA